AGUUAACUCAGCAACGCAUGCGCAGUGACAAAAAUCUUCUCGCUAGCAGAGCAGAAUGGGUGCUAUGGUUGUGAUGCUACGUUUAAAGACUUCAUAGAGGCUAACGCUAGUUAUCGUCCUGGUUCAAGUUCGAAAUGGGAAAAGGCUGUAAAGUUGUGGUGUGUGGCCAGGCAGCUGUUGGAAAAACUGCCAUACUGGAGCAGUUGCUGUACGGAAAUCACUGUGUAGGCUCUGAGUCCAGUGAGACCCAGGAGGAUGUGUACGUAGCCUCCGUGGAAACGGACCGCGGUGUGAGGGAACAGCUGAGGCUUUAUGACACCAAAGGCCUCCACGAUGGACAGGACCUCCCCAAGCACUACUACUCGGUGGCGGAUGGCUUCGUGCUUGUUUACAGUGUUGACAGCUUGGAGUCUUUCAAGAAGGUGGAUGUCCUGAAGAAGGAAAUAGACAAGUCUAGAGAUAAGAAAGAGGUGACGGUGAUCGUGCUGGGGAACAAGACGGACCUUCGGGACCGUCGCCAGGUGGACCAGGAGGCGGCGCAGCAUUGGGCACGUGGCGAGAAGCUAAAGCUGUGGGAGGUGAGCGUCACCGAGCGCAACUCGCUCAUCGAGCCCUUCACCCAGCUGACCAGCCGCCUCACGCAGCCCCAGAGCAAGUCGGCCUUCCCUCUGCCUGGACGCAAGAGCAAAGGCACGCCGUCCAACGAUAUCUGAAGCUCAGACUGUUCCGGCCUAUUCCAAAUGAAUAUGAUUACAUAAUAAACAUGAUUUUAGUUAGGGGACAAGUUCAA